UGUCUUCAUUUGGGGAUAUAAAGCAUUUCGGAUGACUUAGAGACAAAGUUUAACACAGGACAAUUAUGCAUUAAUUUAAAAACAAAGAAAGCACCGCUGUGGUGUGUGGAGUCUGUGUGACCAGCUCGACAUGGGAGUGAAUGAUGGAUCAACAGUGCUGAAAGAAGAAACUCCUGAAACAUCCACAGACAAAAAGCCCAUGUCCCAGAUACUUAUGAUAAUCUACAAAACUCGCAGCAGGAAUGUGGUUGCAGUGUUUGCAGCAAAUUACUCAAAAAUGAAAAGCAAACUAUCAGCAUGGCUUGAUGUUAUUAGAGGUUCACUCAGUCAAUACAGACAGCUGGCUCAUUACUUAUCUCUGCUCUGCUUCCUGCUCACCAUCAUCACUCUGCUGCAGACACUGUGCUUGGUUCAAAUCACCUUGAUGACUCAGUCCCAGUCGACGCUGCAGGAAACCAAACUGAAAGAUGUGACCAACAGGCUGGAGAAGCUCAACAAGUCACACCAGCUCUUGUUUACCCAGUUUCCAUCUCUGAGCCAGUACUGCCCCAUCACAAAUUCCACCACUGGUGAGAGAGAGUGCAGACCAUGUCUGGUUGGCUGGAUGCCUCAGGGGGAGAAAUGUUUCCUCUUCAGUCAAGAUAGAGCAGAUUGGAUCAGCAGUCAGUACCGCUGCAUGUCAUUGGGUGGCGCUGUAGCCACAAUCAGGACAGAGGAGGAGCAGGUGUUUCUGUUUCAAACUGCUCAGAGUCUGAGUCAUGGAGACUCAUACUGGCUGGGCCUGAGGAGCAGCAGCAGUGACGGGGCCUGGCAGUGGAGCGAUGGCUCCCUGCUGGAGAAAGGAGCACAAUUUUGGGAACGUGAGCCAGGUAAAACAGGAGAUGGAAGGGAGCUGUGCGGUCGACUCACCCCAGGAGACAACUACAGGAAGAGCUGGUUCAUCUCCAGAUGCUCCAGCCAGAUGAGGAGGAUCUGUGAGAGGAGAAAGGCAACUUUACAGUGAGAAGAGAGAUGAAAAGAGAAACGAGCUCACAAACACAUUCCUUUGUCCGUGUUUCUCUUGCAUUUUCUACAGCAAGCAAUUAACCUUAACUGUUAUUUCUUUAUAAUAUUGUUUUUAUUGACUUCAAACUCUCAAUACCUUUUAUUUACUUUAAGAUAGCAAAAAACAGAGUUUAUCUUAAUGUCUGUUCUAUUUUUCUGAUUUUCUGAUGUUCUGUAUGCAUGUUUGUUUAAAUGACUGAAUUUUAUAACAUUUUCUCACAUCCUCAAUGAUGAUAAUAUUUUAUUAUAUUAUCACAGCCCUAUUUCUUAAUUUUUCACUGUUAAUUACUUAUUCAUGCUCAUUUAUACUAGUCUGUGAGUUAACAAUGUCAUAAAUGCAGGUAUCAUUUUUAACUGAGAGUUAUUUACUUGUUUAUCUAUUUUAUAUAAAGCAUAAAUAAAGAUUAAAAACAGCAGCUCUUUGAGGUUCUUGGUGGCUGAUUGAUGUCAUAACAGUGAGAAGACCAUGAAAUUUAUUACUUCAGCUACAAACUCUU